CUGUUUCAGAUAGUUGCCUCUUUGGCUGCAGAAACGUGGGCGAUUCAGGACGAAGACUUCGAAUCCCAGUCAUUUUAUUGUUCCACCAUUACCGCAAAAACUGUCGAACGAAUUACGCAAAUGUCUUAUGGACUCUGUGUCAUCGACACGAUUACGCUUAUCGGGAUUAUUUGCUUGAAUAUCAUCAACAGUUAUGCGAUGAAGAGGUUCAAAAAGUCAUACAGUCUGCAGUCAUAUCAGCUACGUGAAAAUGCUAACGUUAUUCGAGUGAUGCUGCCAUUGACUAUUUUCCAAACCAUGUGCUAUUUUUUAUUCACGCUCGCAGUACCUGUAAUCACUGCAUUUCGUAGUCAAAUGUCAUUGGCCACGUUCCAAACUCUCGUCACCUCGUCGUAUAUUAUACCCUACUAUACGACAGUUUCUCCAAUUCUAAUGUGGUUCAUUAUCCGUUGGUCGAAGCGUAUGAAGGCAAUCAAGUUGAGCAAUCUCAGAGGUGGAAGAAAAUCCGAGUGCGAUGUCUAUUUUCAAGAGCUAAGCAAAAUGUGGAACAGCGCUUCAGUUCAUAGUUUGACUAACGGCGCUUCAGUUAAUAAUUUGACUUCUAUAAGCAACUGA